GUGAUCAUCAAUAAUUGCAAUUUGUCAUCAUCAUUUAGGUUAGAGGCGUUAUUGAAGAGACAGCUAAAAAAUGCCGAGUCAAGAAGUUGUUACUACGAAAGUAGUGGUCCAUCCUUUAGUUUUAUUGAGUGUGGUGGAUCAUUUUAAUCGUAUGGGAAAAAUUGGAAAUCAAAAAAGAGUAGUUGGUGUACUUCUUGGUUGCUGGAGAGCCAAAGGUGUCUUAGAUGUGUCAAAUAGUUUUGCAGUACCCUUUGAUGAAGAUGACAAGGAUAAGAGCGUGUGGUUCCUUGACCAUGAUUAUCUUGAAAAUAUGUAUGGAAUGUUCAAAAAAGUCAAUGCUCGAGAGAAAGUAGUAGGUUGGUAUCACACAGGACCUAAACUACAUCAAAAUGAUGUUGCCAUCAAUGAAUUGAUCAGAAGAUAUUGCCCAAAUUCUGUAUUAGUUAUUAUAGAUGCUAAACCAAAAGAUUUAGGUCUUCCUACUGAGGCAUAUCAAGCAAUAGAGGAAGUACACGAUGAUGGUUCGCCAACGUCUAAAACAUUUGAGCACAUACCUAGUGAAAUUGGUGCAGAAGAAGCUGAAGAGGUCGGAGUUGAGCAUUUAUUACGUGACAUUAAGGAUACAACAGUUGGAACACUUAGUCAACGUAUUACAAAUCAACUUCUCGGGUUGAAAGGUCUUCAUGAGCAAAUAAGAGAAAUAAGAGAUUAUUUAAUACAAGUUGGUAAUGGUAAAUUACCAAUAAAUCAUCAAAUUGUUUAUCAACUUCAAGAUAUAUUUAAUUUACUACCAGACAUGACACAGAGUAGUUUUGUUGAUUCAUUAUAUGUUAAAACAAAUGAUCAAAUGUUGGUAGUAUAUUUAGCAGCACUGGUAAGAUCCAUAGUGGCUCUUCACAACUUAAUCAACAAUAAAUUAACUAAUCGUGAUGCCGAGAAGAAAGAAAUGGACAAGAAAGAUGCCAAGAAAGAUGAGAAAAAAGAGGAAGACAAAAAAGAUGAAAAAGAAAAAGGAAAAUCUAAAAGUCAAUGAAUGAGAAAUAUUGCACACCUCGAUAAAAAAUUUAAUUUGUGAAUUAAAAAAUUAGAACCGUCUAAGUUUAGAAUAAUAAUUAGCUUCGCAUAUGUAAAUAGCGAUGCUUGUUUAUAAUAUAUACAUAAUGAAUUUGUAUUCUGCAACAAAAAUAUCAACAGAGAUUAAUUAUUAAAUUAAUACAGAACGACGAAGUUACCCAUUUUCACGCUUUCAAAAUCAUCAUAAUCACUUACUAAUUAUAUCCAAUUUAAAUAUAUAGGUUCUCUUGUAAAUGUCACAUGUACGUUGUUGUUAUUACAGUUUUCAAUGUACUAGAUGACGAUGUAUGAAAUGAAAUGGUCUAUGAAAAAUGUGAAAAUGAAGAAUAAUUGUAGUUGACACAUAAUUCAUUGAUACAUAAUUACAUGUUGUUUUGUUCCAGUUGAAAACUAGUAAUAUAAGAUAAUCGGAUAUUACGAAUUAUGUGAUUAUACUAAAAUAGAAUUUUUCUAUGAAAUUAUCUGAAAUGGAUUUAUCAAAUGGUUAUAAAUACUUUAUAAACAUCAUAGAGACACACUGUAUUUUGUAGGAAAUGCAAUUUUUUACUUAAAAUAUUGUAGAGUCUAAAUAAAAAAACAUUUUUAAA